AUGUGUAACGUACGUUCGAAACUAUUAACGUACGGUAUGUCGUUCAUUUUUCGUUCUCAUCCUAUCAAGACAUCCCUCGCAGAAGAGUAUGUUGACCUUCUCAAUGAAAAUGUGGGGUCACCUUGUUACGGAGGUUACAAAGAACUCUCUCGUGUUCUUCAUAAAUACUGCAAGACGAGCGAUAGAAUUUUAGGGACUGGAUGCACAUGUGCGCCUGAUCAAGGAAGGGAUUCGUCCCUGAUUGAAGAUUUAUACGAUGCUGGAUUUGUUGCUGUCACGGGGGUGGAUAACACAGAAAGUGACGUCUAUAGUUCAAGGGAAAGAAACAAGCAUAGACGACCGGAGAUUGGUCAUGCUGUAGGACACAUCUCUAACCUAAAAGUAAGUAAGGUUGUUACUGACUGACUUAUUAUCCUACAAGAGCCUAACUUAGCCAGCAGCACUUGAGUUCACGGGUGACAAGGGUUGCAGGUAGUGGGCAGUGCAUCAGUCAAUUCCAGCGCAAAAUUGGCAAAUGCCCCACCCCCGGGACUGAAGGGCUACUGAUCAUUUUUAUAAGGAGGAGGAUCUGAGGGCAUUUUUUGUACCUGCUAUUACUCGGUAUAUACCGUCCUGUGUAACUUCCUACAACUUGAUACCCUUUACCUGGUUAGCCCGGUUAGCUCAGUUGAGAGAGCGCCGGUCUGCCGAGUGGAAGGUCGCGGGUUCAAACCCUGGCUGGACCAACACUCAGGGUCUUUAAGGUGACUCGACCCAGUUUUUUUUUUUUUUUUGGGGGUACCAUCCUACUUUGAGGCUCUCUGGUAUCCCCACCUUUACUUUUAUCGUAAGUCUAACACAUAGAAUGGAUAACAUAUAGAUCAAUGUACAAUAUAACAUAAAAUUUUUGGCGAUCGGAGUAAAUGUCACGUGGUUAUAAUGCCACGCCCCUUUGAGGUCUGAGUUGAAAAUCUGCUGUUGCCGGCAUUUUUUUGUGAAAAUCUCUUGGCUACACAUAGUGUGCAUUAGUGCCUUGCACUGAACAGAGUUUCACCAAAAUCGCAAAGACCUAAUUCGAGAAAUUCAGCGGUUUCCAAAUUUAGGUCAUAAUUUAUACGAAAACGAUAAGCAAACUUUACACGGAUUAUAUCUAAUAAACUAUGAGAUUCAUCUCUUUAUUUUGGGCGUUGUUAUGACAGAUGGGUUCUUGCAAGUCAGCAAAACGCUUUAGGGCCUUGUAAAUGCGCGCGAUUUCGAGCAAAGCAAACAUAUAGAAAUUAUAGUUUUCGCUAUUUGUUGACGUUUGUCAGUGUUUAAGAGUCCUUCUCACAAAAAAAGCAUUUUCUUAAAAAUUCAUAGUUUUUUUUCCUUCAAAUUUUUUCAGGGCCACAAUUGAUUAACUAACUACCCGGACUCUGAAUUUCAUGGUCAUUGAAAAACUGUGACAUUAUCUUCUAUAAGCCCAAACUUGAGUAAACAUUGAAGAUUUUUAGCGUUUUGGCUGAGUUCGUGCUUUGGGAGUUGUCUAUUGUUUCUAGUCUGUCAUUAUACAGCAUUCUUGUUCAGCACGCGUGCAAUGACCGCGCUUGGCUGACUUCCGAACCCUAAAUAUUCAUUAACCUAGGUUAAAAAAUUUUAACUGAAUUAUAAUUUUGACCUGUAACAUAAUGUACAUAUUGAUUGUGUGCCCGUGACAUGCUGAAACCCAUGUAGGAUAUCGAUCUAUUUUAGGGAAUCAUAUUGAAUAAAUAUAAUCUGCAAACCACAAGACAAGACAAGACCGUAAUUCUUUGGCUUUGCCAUGGUUGUGGUACAUAAAUGUCCCGGCAUUGCAAGUUGCAACAGUCAUCUAGGUGGGCCAGGAAUAAAGAAAAAAGUUGCUAACAAAAUGAAAGAAAAAAGUUGUAAAAGGUGUAUUUUUAAAGGAACAUUUCUCAUCUACAGCUAUCUAGGGAAAGGAUAAGCCCUUUAUGUUUCCAAAACCCUUCCUGAAGAGCUUUGUGCUCAGAUUUGUUAGAAACAUCUUUGUAGGGUUUAACGUAGUCUUUAAUUUAAUUAAAACAAGGGACUUGAACUCUUUAUUAAAAAUAUAUCGAACAUAAUUAUAUGAAGUAAAUCUCAUGAGACUCAUGAGUCAAAUACUGGUGUUUCUGUUGGUCCUUGUGAUAAAAAUCUUUGCCAACUAGGCCUCUAUAAUACUCAUUAUACUUGACACUUCUGUAAUGUGGACAAUUAUCAUUGGCUCUGACACUUUGAUGUCCAUGAUAAGGAGGUCUGACUGCAUUUAAAUAAUUAUUAUUCAUGACAAGUGUCAAAUUUACUUUGCAACAUUUUUGUUUCAGACAAAACACUUAAUGCUGCAUUGCUGUUGCUUUUUUAGGAUACCUUUGAUGGAGAAAGUUUCAAUGUGGUGAUUGACAGAGGACAACUGGACAAUCUUUACAAAGACUUGCCAUCAGAUCAAAGAACUAAAUCUUGCUGUACAGACUAUUUUUCUGAGAUUCAAAGAUUUCUUAAAGUUGGAGGCCGGUACUUAUGUUUCACAUUUGCAACAGGAGAUGUUCUGGACUCUUUGCUUAGUUAUUUUUCAUCAGGAUGGUUUUUUAGAUUGCAUUUAUUACAGAUUGACACAUUGGAUCAAAGAUCAGUUCCACCACCAUUAUUUUGUUUUGUUUUGACAAAGACAAAGUUUACAGGUCAGUAUGCAUUUUGAAAUAAUAUAAUUUACUACAUUACCAUGUAUUUUCAUUCAAAAUACAUGUAUUUCUCCAUGUUUAUUUGUUCAUAAUUUGUUGUCAAUUUUAUUGGAAGAGUUUUCUCAUUUGUCUAAUAACAGAAAAAUUAUUGGAUGAAUGAAGUCACACAACGAAAGCUUAGGAUAAAAUACUGUCUGUAAGAUUUCUAAUGCUCUGCAAAGAAAAAUACGAACUGGUGAACUCUUUGUUUUGAAAUACAUUUGUUCUACUGCCUUGUAAGUAGUAAGGAUGUUGCAAACAUAUUGAAAAUAUCUUGGAAGUGAAUAAUAAUUAUUCUUCAUAUCAAAUAUAGGUCCCAGAUUCAGGUCCAUUGUUUGUGGUGGAAAGUGAACUUAGUUUAUCCAGCUAGUUUACAGGCACAAAUAAUUCAAAUACAACAUAACAGGAUUAAAAACCCCAACUGGCAGGAGGCUACCAGUUGGCUAUUUACAAGCGUGGCUGAGGAUUUGAACUUGGGACAACUGAGAACAAAUCCAGCAAGUCACCCGAGCAGGACUUAAACCUGGGACCGCUGGAUUGCGAGUCCGGCACACUGACCACUCGCGCUGCCUCCUAAAUGAAUAUAGCUUUAUUAAUUUUAUUUCCUAGUCAUAAAAUGCCUGCUAUUAACAGGGUUGUCACUAAGAUUUCAAGUUGCCGGGUAAAUACAAGAAGUAGGCGGGGAAUCAAAUGGCUAGGGAUUUCUUUUGGUUCUAUUUUUCUUCUAUUUUCCAAUAAAAGUAGCCGGGGGCCACUCUCUUAGUAGCCGGGGAAAAUCCCCGGCCCCCGGCUCUUAAUGACAACCCUGUAUUAAAGUAUAGAUUGAAUCAAAUCAACUCAAUCCAGAUGCCUGAUUCACUAAAUUUUAAGAAAAAGUAUGCCUUUUACGCCUUUAGUGCUAAUAGCAAGUGUGUGAGCAGGGCUGUCAUUAAGAGCCAGGGCCAGGGAUUUCCCCCAGCUGCUAUUAUGAACGUGGCCCCCAGCUAGUUGCAUUGGAAAAUAGAAGGAAAACAGAACCAAAAGAAAUCAUUAGCUGUUUGAUUCCCCGCCUACUUGUUGUAUUUACCCAGCAACAUGAAAUCUUAGUGACAACCCUGGUGUCAGCCUUUGGACAGUCUUGUAUAAUAAGGGCAAGGCAGGUUAUAUAAUACUAGCUAUAGCAAUAUUAUUAGCAACAUUAAUGUCUUAAGUAUUUGAAAUGGCAGGUCACAUCUAUAUACUAUAACAAUAAUAAUAUUGUUACAUGUAGUAUACCGUAAACUUCUGCUUAAUUAAGCCUCGUCAGUUACAGGCCCAUCUACCUGUAUUGAAAUAAAUUCAACUUUUUAUGAGGUCUUGAAGCCUAAAAAAGUGAGUAAAGUCAAACAGUAUUUUGAUCAGCACUGCUGUGCAGCUUGUUUUGAAACCUUUUUUUAACUCCAGUUAUAAGCCCUUCCAUUAUAUUUUAUAAGCCCUCUUAAGACCUCUUAGAAAGUUAUAUAAGUCCAGGGCUUUUAAGAAGAAGUUUAUGGUAGAUGACCUAGAGGACGAUAGUGCAGCUAGCAUAAUGAUAGUUAGGCUAAAUUCUUUGUCUGUCACCUCUGUAAAUAACAUUGGAGGUUUGACUUUGUUCUCUGCCCUGGGGACUUUUCAUUGAGUGUUCUGGUAUUGCUUCCUCCUCAUAAAUCAACAUAAUUUUCCAAAUUCCUAUUCAGUUAGAUAUUCAAAAGCCACAGAUUUGCCAGGUCACAGAAAUUUUUAAGAGCUACCCUUGUAAAAGAAAGCCCAUUAAGCCCACUUUUACUGUAUUUUUAUUAGCUUUUUGUGAACGAGUUUGUCCAUACAGCAUUUUAAAGAAUUAAUCAUUGACAUGUUCUCUGAGCACUCUUCUUAUAAACCUCAAUACUGCUCUUAUUCUUUAGGGUCAUCAGGCCACUCCUUAAAAAUCAUAGAAAUUUGUCUGGAAGGACUUGAUAAUAUUCAGAGAGUUGAUGAUUUCUCAGAAGUCAAGAAAACUAUUCAGGAAAUUCAGCAGUACCUUGUCAUGAAACGGUCACUUGGUAUGUAUGAAUGUGUGUAUGCUGAUACUGAAAAAUAAUAGAGUUAGAAACAUUGCUUUCCACUGGGGAAGAUUAUCACUCAGACAGCUGAGAGGUGUUAUCGAGCUUCUAGGAACAAGGGUACCUUGCUUAACUGGCAAUCCCUACAACAAAUUGUAGAGUAUUAACAGCCACAAAGGCAGAUAAAACCAAACGCUUUAGUCGUUCAUCUGCUCUGUUCGACACCAAGUCAACUCACUCACUCUACGCCCGCUCACACUGUUCAGUUCCCGUAUGUCCUGCACGUACAACCGCUGUACGCUAUGCACUCUUGCUCAUACAACCGCUGUAUGUUGGUACAUAAUGAGCUGAGUGAAUGUGUGUUUUAAGAGUAAAUAUGUGGUUCAAUUUAUUCUCAACAUUCUUCAUAAAAAUUUAUAUUAUUUUACAUUGUACCUGUAUCAGUUUUCUUCAGGUAGUAAGAGUCUGUUCAGCAUGAUAAAAAAAUACGUACAGUUCUGUGCCAGGUUGUUCAAAACAGGAUGAUGAUAACCCAGGAUUAGCACGACCUUAGAAUUCAAAUCAAAUUGCAGUAAAUUAGAUUUAACUAAAAUUUGAUGUUUGGACGAUCUAAAAGGACUGGUCGCAAUUUUUUGAGGAAACGCUUUAGAGGUAAAGAAACAGAAAGCCGGACUAGAAUUUAGGUCUGGGUUAGCGAUUGGCCUACGAAUAACUGAGCCCUGGAGUAAAUUAUAGGGGUUCUAUAUCACCAAUAAUGUUGCCUUGUUUUCUUCUAAGAUGCUGACUGUGUGUAAUUUGUUGUUGUUUUUUUCCCUUCCAUCUCACAGAAAAAUGUCAUCCAGGACAACAUCUGAAUGUGGACUUGUAUUUAACACCAGGCAGCUGUUCAAAACAAAGAAGUAUCCCUCGUUACUCACUGACAGUGGUAGACAUAACAAAGGCAUCAGGAAAAAAUGGAAAAUUUGCGAUUUUCAUUGUGCCUCAAGGUGCUACAAUAUCCUUUACAAUUCCUUUAAAAAGUUAAUUUCUAACAUUAGUGAAUUUUGGGCUCCUUUUAGGGGUGUAGCUACCUGUACCCACGGCACGCACGUGCGUACCUUAAAAAGUUAAAAUAAAAUAAAAUCAUAGCGAAUUUAUUAUCUGAAAAAAGCACGUUAAUUUAAAAAGAAAACAUUUUUUCAGAUUAUUUAACUCUGCUUGUUUCUUUUAAAUAUUUCUUUAGAAAACAACAGAUUUUUUCUUUUUUACUCCAAAAUGUCGGUCGUCAGGGAAGCGACGCUUGAUUCAUUGGUGCACCAAUCUAUUUAAGGAAAAGGCGGGAGAAAAUGUGCAAAUAGUGGCAAACUUCAUGUAUAAAGCAGAAAACGUUGUUGUAACGGAUAUGGGGAUUAGAAUUUGGAAAAUUGUGCAGACCUUUGGAAAAAUCCUGGCUAUGCUCCUUCCGUUUGCAUGGAGCCCAAUUCAAAAAACAGUCAAUAGGCAUUGCUUACAAUGCACGUAAAACGCACUGUGAGGAGAAAAAUUAACUUUAUAUCUGUGUAUCAUUCUUGUUAAUCUCUUUAGGCCGUGAAACGGAAUGGCUUUUCUCAUCUAAAGAAGGACAAACAGAUCUUGCCACUGAUGCGGGUUUUGCUCGGGUUGUCAUAGUAACUCUCGGGAGGGGUCACACAUUCACCAACAUGGACACGAUCAAGAAAGAACUUUCUGCAAAAGUCAUGGAGCUUGCACCAAAAAACCUCAACCGGAAUACUCAGGUGACCGUUCAAUAGAAAGCAUCAAAAAUGUAGUGUAUUGUACAAACAAGCGAGGAAAAUUACAGUUUAAACCAUUAUUGUGGCUAGGUUCACACGGCACCGGACGAAUUUUCCACCGGACACGUCGUUCACACGGGCCCUUUCAAUGUUUUCGAAUCUAUAACUGGUCGAAAAUUCGUCCAGUACCGUGUAAACGUACCCUGAAUAAGGUGUACGGCAUCAGAAGAUAACUCACUGGCAUUAUUGCAUUUUUUUUUUAUUGUAACCCACCUUCGGAGACUUUACCUCUUUAAGUAAAGUUUACUGCGUAGGUUAAAGUUUACCCAUUAAAGUUUACUACGUCGGGUAACUUUACCCGUUGAAGUAAAGUUUACCACGUUGGGUAAAAAUUUACUAAUUGUAGUAAACUUUAGUAAACUUUAGUACUAACGUUUACUGUUACGGGUUAACUUUACCCAUUGUAGUGAAAUUUACCGCGUCGGUUAAACUUUACCCAUUGUAGUAAAGUUUACCGCGUAAAGUUUACCGCGUCGUGACAACAACACAGACACAAAAUUUGCUAUCGCGUGCUCGCUGGAGGCCCCACGUUUAUUGAGUAAGCUAAUACAACAACUACAAGUGUGCGUACAUAGCCUACAAAACAAAAAAGAGAACUGAACGUCAGAGAAUAGCAACAAGCAUCCACUGCAUGAAAAAACAUCACCGCACUCGUUGCGGCAAACACUGAGGAAAAAUCCCGGCCUUGUGAAUAGAACCCUCCCCACCUGCCGGGCACGGUUAAGAAAACAAUAAAAAAAUAAGACCAAUAAAGCAUGAAUUAGAUUCCUAAACACUUCGUGACUGAUGGGACAGAAUAAAAACCGUCCUAAACGUGGCUAUCUUUAGCGUUCUCCACUCUCAGAGAUACCGACAUUGGCACGGUUUACCACGUCGGGGAACGUUUACCCCUUGUAGUAAAGUUUACCCAGUGUAGUAAACUUUACCGCGUCGGGUAAACUUUACCCCUUGUAGUCAAGUUUACCGCGUCGGGUAAACUUUACCCCUUGUAGUCAAGUUUACCGCGGAAGGUAAAGUUUACCCAUUGUAGUAAACUUUACCGCGUCGGGUAAACUUUAGCCCUUGUAGUAAAGUUUACCACGGCGGGUAAAGUUUACCUAUUGUAGUAACGUUUACCGAAUCGGGGUAAAGUUUACCCAUUGUAGUAAAGUUUACCACGUUGGGUAAACUUUACCCAUUGUAGUAAAGUUUACUACGGCGGGUAAAGUUUACCUAUUGAAGUAAACGUUAGCGAAUCGGGAUAAAGUUUACCCAUUGUAGUAAAGUUUACUGCGGCGGGUAAAGUUUACCCAUUGUAGUAAACUUUACCGCGUCGGGUAAACUUUACCCCUUGUAGUAAAGUUUACCGCGGAAGGUAAAGUUUACCCAUUGUAGUAAAGUUUACCACGUUGGGUAAAGUUUACCCAUUGUAGUAAAGUUUACCGAAUCGGGGUUAAGUUUACCCAUUGUAGUAAAGUUUACCGAAUCGGGGUUAAGUUUACCCAUUGUAGUAAAGUUUACCACGUUGGGUAAAGGUUACCCAUGGUUGUAAAGUUUACCGCGGCGGGUAAAGUUCACCCAUUGUAGUAAACUUUACCAAGUUGGGUAAAGUUUACCCAUUGUAGUAAAGUUUACCACGUUGGGUAAAGUUUACCUAUUGUAGUAAAGUUUACCGCGUUGGGUAUAGUUUACCCAUUGUAGUAAAGUGUACCCGCGUUGGGUAAAGUUUACCUAUUGUAGUAACGUUUACCGAAUCGGGGUGAAGUUUACCCACCGCGGCGGGUAAAGUUCACCCAUUGUAGUAAACUUUACCAAGUUGGGUAAAGUUUACCCAUUGUAGUAAAGUUUACCACGUUGGGUAAAGUUUACCUAUUGUAGUAAAGUUUACCGCGUUGGGUAUAGUUUACCCAUUGUAGUAAAGUUUACCCGCGUUGGGUAAAGUUUACCCAUUGUAGUAAAGUUUACCACGUUGGGUAAAGUUUACCCAUUGUAGUAAAGUUUACCCGCGUUGGGUAAAGUUUACCCAUUGUAGUAAAGUUUACCACGUCGGGUAAAGUUACCCAUUGUAGUAAAGUUUACCGCGGAAGGUAAAGUUUACCCAUUGUAGUAAAGUUUACCACGUUGGGUAAAGUUUACCCAUUGUAGUAAAGUUUACUGAAUCGGGGUUAAGUUUACCCAUUGUAGUAAAGUUUACCACGUUGGGUAAAGGUUACCCAUGGUAGUAAAGUUUACCGCGGCGGGUAAAGUUCACCCAUUGUAGUAAACUUUACCAAGUUGGGUAAAGUUUACCCAUUGUAGUAAAGUUUACCACGUUGGGUAAAGUUUACCUAUUGUAGUAAAGUUUACCGCGUUGGGUAAAGUUUACCCAUUGUAGUAAAGUUUACCGCGUUGGGUAAAGUUUACCCAUUGUAGUAAAGUUUACCACGUUGGGUAAAGUUUACCCAUUGUAGUAGAGUUUACCACGUUGGGUAAAGUUUACCCAUUGUAGUAAAGUUUACCACGUCGGGUAAAGUUUACCCAUUGUAGUAAAGUUUACCACGUCGGGUAAAGUUUACCCAUUGUAGUAAACUUUACCGCGUCGGGUAAACUUUACCCCUUGUAGUAAAGUUUACCGCGGCGGUCAAGUUUAUCCACUGUAGUAAACUUUACUGCGUCGGGUAAACUUUACCCCUUGUAGUAAAGUUUACCGCGGCAGGUAAAGUUUACCCAUUGUAGUAAACUUUACCUGCCUCGUACCCAGACGUCUCCCUUCGAUGUGCGCGCAAAGGAAGGCGGGAAGGAGACAACGGGUGUACCCUUCCCAUGGUCCCUUGCGGUUUAUCACCAGUCUUUCUAAAAAAAAAAAAAAAAAAAGAGGACAGUAGAUAUAUCUAGCAACCUUUGUGGCAUUACAGGUGUGGUAUGGAAUCCCUAAUGAAAGGGUUCCCAAGUCUCCACUAAAAUAGUGGGUAAGGUGGGGAGGGAGGAUGUGUGUAUACAAGGGUGUUAUGUGUAUAAAAACAGAACAAAAAAGUUAGAUGUUAAGAUUAGCACUGAUAAUGAGGGACGGGCAAACUGCAGAGCAGCUAUGUCUACCUCAAAGAAGUGCAAAAAAUUAUUUAGUAGAAAGUAAUAAUUGCUGAAAUUUUAAUAACGAUAGGAUUAAAUAAAAUAUUAAAGUUGAAAAAUAAAAAGAAUAAGUAUUGAGGGACUGGCAAACUGUCAAACAGCUAUGUCAACCUCAAAAAAGAGUUAGGAUAAGUAUAAGAGGAUGAGGGGUUAGAAGGUAAAAAUAAUAAGAAGGAUGAUAGGAAGAUGAAAGGGGAAAAGAGGGACCGGCAAACUGCAAAGCAGUCAUGUCAACCUCUUGGAGAGUUAAAAAUAAAGAGGAGAGAAGAGGAAAAGGAGGAAAAAAAUUAUUUUUAAUAAUAAAAUGAAAUGAAAUAAAUGAUAGAAUGAAAUAAAAUAAAAUAAAUGAAUAAUAAAUCCGGGUUAAACAAAGGAAAAAACUAACAAAGGAAUUACUUCAAUAGCUUUAAUGUGUGAUUUUUUCUUCUUCUUCAAAAAUAAUGGUAACAUGUUUGUGCAAAAAUGAAAACGUACAGCUGUAUCUUUGGUGAAAACAAAUUAUAACAACCCAGAUGGUUUGUUAACUGAUACAGUGAAAACACUACAUGAGCUUCACAUAAUUGUUGGUGUAUAGUCGUUCUUAAAAACUUAUCGAAUCACUGAAAUAGUUAAAAUUAGAUGGAAAUAUAUUCGUUCUUAAAACACUCAAGGAGUUAUGGACUCUGGAAAUAAUUAUUCUUUUCAUUAAAAGUUGAAAAAGACUCAGUAGUUUCUCUGGUAACUAUAGCAACAUCUGCACAGUUGUGAAAAUUGUGAAAUAAAUUAAAAUGUUGGAUAAUACUUUAAAAUAUAGUCCGAUAUAUUGGAUGAAAUACAAUAUUAGAAUUAAGUAAAGGAAAAAGUCACAUGUAAUCUUCCAUAAAAAAGGGGGACGGGGUAAAUAGAAAUGUACAGGAUAGGAACUUUCAUGAUGAAACUAUUAUAAGUAGUAUAACUUGAAAUAUUACAAAAAUGUAAUUGAAAGAGAAUUUAAAUGGUUAGUUUUUAGUGGUCCUUUUGUGUUCGUAGAUAUUAACAAUUAUAAGGAAUACAACUUGUAAAUUUUUAAAAAAUAUUUUUUGAAAGGGAAUUUAAGAUGGUUAGUCGUUAAUUAUUGUUAGUCGAUCUCUUUUGUCCGUUAAGGUAGAGCCAUUCUUCACAGUGCAGAUCAAAAUAAAACCAGAUAUGAGAUUUGUUAUCCAUGUUGUUGAGAAGAAAGUCUAGCUGGCGGGCACGUUUUUCUGCCUUUCUGUCAGUGGUCCAGUGUUGUGACGUCAUGAUCCAGUGUGAAGUGAGGUGGGGUGAACAGCCAUUGCCAAUUAAAAAUAAAAACAGUUUGAAAGUGUUCUUGUCGCUUAUUGGUUUUUUCCAAAAAAUUAACUUAAAAUCUUGUGGCCAAACAGAAAGUGGAUAAAAAGCGUCGCCGUUGAUAGAAUUAAAAAGUUGAAGACGUUGUUGGAUAAUAGAUGCACGGGAGAGGUUGCGGAGAUGGUGAUGGUAAAAGUGGAGUGUGGAGUGGUUGUUAUCCAUAGUUGAAAGUAGUCUGUUAAGAUAACAAUAGAGGAGGGGGUGGGGAUGAGAACAUCAGGAUGGUAAUUCGUAAUUAAUAUCUAUUAAUAGUAAUAGGUAAUAGCGUCAUAAGUUAUGACAAAAUUGUCUUAUUCUCAUUAAAGGAAAAAAGGAAGUAUGAGAGGAACAAAAGAGUGUGAAGGAGAAUGGGAAUACCCGGGUAUGGCAAGAAAAAGGAUGCAUCGACACCAAGGCUCCUGUAAUGUUGUGAAUCGUCAGGGGCAAAGCACAACUGAGCGAGGAUGUUUCUAGCCCGGCGCCGAGCCUUUGCCCGACAUCCUCUGUGUCGAGUCCUAGAGAAGAAAAAAAGGGGAGAGAGGAGGGAAAUGGCCGGGAGGUAGCCAAGAAGAGAGAGAGAGAAAAGAAAGAGAAGAAGAAGAAGAAGAAUAGAAAAAAACACAAACAAAUAAACUUUGAGCAGAACAAUAUACUCUCUUUGUAUGUAAAUAGAGUUGAAAAACGAUAAUUAAAAAAAUUUUUUAACGGUAAAGCGGAAAGCAUCAGUUGAGUAGUUUAAGAGUAACAAAUUAAUUAACCUAAAGUGACAAUAUCUUACCACGAAAACAAAGGGUUUCUUCAAACAUGCAAGGUUAAAGUUUACCCAUUAAAGUUUACUGCGUCGGGUAACUUUACCCGUUGAAGUAAAGUUUACCACGUUGGGUAAAAAUUUACCAAUUGUAGUAAACUUUAGUAAACUUUAGUACUAACGUUUACUGUUACGGGUUAACUUUACCCAUUGUAGUGAAAUUUACCGCGUCGGUUAAACUUUACCCAUUGUAGUAAAGUUUACCGCGUAAAGUUUACCGCGUCGUGACAACAACACAGACACAAAAUUUGCUAUCGCGUGCUCGCUGGAGGCCCCACGUUUAUUGAGUAAAGCUAAUACAACAACUACAAGUGUGCGUACAUAGCCUACAAAACAAAAAAAGAGAACUGAACGUCAGAGAAUAGCAACAAGCAUCCACUGCAUGAAAAACAUCACCGCACUCGUUGCGGCAAACACUGAGGAAAAAUCCCGGCCUUGUGAAUAGAACCCUCCCCACCUGCCGGGCACGGUUAAGAAAACAAUAAAAAAAAUAAGACCAAUAAAGCAUGAAUUAGAUUCCUAAACACUUCGUGACUGAUGGGACAGAAUAAAACCGUCCUAAACGUGGCUAUCUUUAGCGUUCUCCACUCUCAGAGAUACCGACAUUGGCACGGUUUACCACGUCGGGGAACGUUUACCCCUUGUAGUAAAGUUUACCCAUUGUAGUAAACUUUACCGCGUCGGGUAAACUUUACCCCUUGUAGUCAAGUUUACCGCGUCGGGUAAACUUUACCCCUUGUAGUCAAGUUUACCGCGGAAGGUAAAGUUUACCCAUUGUAGUAAACUUUACCGCGUCGGGUAAACUUUAGCCCUUGUAGUAAAGUUUACCACGGCGGGUAAAGUUUACCUAUUGUAGUAACGUUUACCGAAUCGGGGUAAAGUUUACCCAUUGUAGUAAAGUUUACCACGUUGGGUAAACUUUACCCAUUGUAGUGAAGUUUACUACGGCGGGUAAAGUUUACCUAUUGAAGUAAACGUUAGCGAAUCGGGAUAAAGUUUACCCAUUGUAGUAAAGUUUACCGCGGCGGGUCAAGUUUAUCCAUUGUAAUAAACUUUACCGCGUCGGGUAAGCUUUUUACCCUUGUAGUAAAGUUUACCGCGGAAGGUAAAGUUUACCCAUUGUAGUAAAGUUUACCACGUUGGGUAAAGUUUACCCAUUGUAGUAAAGUUUACCGAAUCGGGGUUAAGUUUACCCAUUGUAGUAAAGUUUACCGAAUCGGGGUUAAGUUUACCCAUUGUAGUAAAGUUUACCACGUUGGGUAAAGGUUACCCAUGGUUGUAAAGUUUACCGCGGCGGGUAAAGUUCACCCAUUGUAGUAAACUUUACCAAGUUGGGUAAAGUUUACCCAUUGUAGUAAAGUUUACCACGUUGGGUAAAGUUUACCUAUUGUAGUAAAAGUUUACCGCGUUGGGUAUAGUUUACCCAUUGUAGUAAAGUGUACCCGCGUUGGGUAAAGUUUACCUAUUGUAAUAACGUUUACCGAAUCGGGUGAAGUUUACCCACCGCGGCGGGUAAAGUUCACCCAUUGUAGUAAACUUUACCAAGUUGGGUAAAGUUUACCCAUUGUAGUAAAGUUUACCACGUUGGGUAAAGUUUACCUAUUGUAAUAAAGUUUACCGCGUUGGGUAUAGUUUACCCAUUGUAGUAAAGUUUACCCGCGUUGGGUAAAAGUUUACCCAUUGUAGUAAAGUUUACCACGUUGGGUAAAGUUUACCCAUUGUAGUAAAAGUUUACCCGCGUUGGGUAAAGUUUACCCAUUGUAGUAAAGUUUACCACGUCGGGGUAAAGUUUACCCAUUGUAGUAAAAAGUUUACCGCGGAAGGUAAAGUUUACCCAUUGUAGUAAAGUUUACCACGUUGGGUAAAGUUUACCCAUUGUAGUAAACUUUACUGAAUCGGGGUUAAGUUUACCCAUUGUAGUAAAGUUUACCACGUUGGGUAAAGGUUACCCAUGGUAGUAAAGUUUACCGCGGCGGGUAAAGUUCACCCAUUGUAGUAAACUUUACCAAGUUGGGUAAAGUUUACCCAUUGUAGUAAAGUUUACCACGUUGGGUAAAGUUUACCUAUUGUAGUAAAGUUUACCGCGUUGGGUAAAGUUUACCCAUUGUAGUAAAGUUUACCGCGUUGGGUAAAGUUUACCCAUUGUAGUAAAGUUUACCACGUUGGGUAAAGUUUACCCAUUGUAGUAGAGUUUACCACGUUGGGUAAAGUUUACCCAUUGUAGUAAAGUUUACCACGUCGGGUAAAGUUUACCCAUUGUAGUAAAGUUUACCACGUCGGGUAAAGUUUACCCAUUGUAGUAAACUUUACCGCGUCGGGUAAACUUUACCCCUUGUAGUAAAGUUUACCGCGGCGGUCCAAGUUUAUCCACUGUAGUAAACUUUACUGCGUCGGGUAAACUUUACCCCUUGUAGUAAAGUUUACCGCGGCAGGUAAAGUUUACCCAUUGUAGUAAACUUUACCUGCCUCACCCCAGACGUCUCCCGCCGAUGUGCGCGCAAAGGAAGGCGGGAAGGAGACAACGGGUGUACCCUUCCCAUGGUCCCUUGCGGUUUAUCACCAGUCACUCGCGUUUUGGCGCUCGCCUCUGCCAUGCGAAAAAACGGCGCCUGAUGAGGAGGCUGAAACUUUACCCUGUCGGGUAAACUUUAGCCCUUGUAGUAAAGUUUACCACGGCGGGUAAAGUUUACCUAUUGUAGAAACGUUUACCGAAUCGGGGUGAAGUUUACCCAUUGUAGUAAAGUUUACCACGUUGGGUAAAGUUUACCCGUUGUAGUAAAGUUUACUACGGCGGGUAAAGUUUACCAUUGUAGUAAACGUUACCGAAUCGGGAUAAAGUUUACCCAUUGUAGUAAAGUUUACCGUGGCGGGUCAAGUUUAUCCAUUGUAGUAAACUUUACCGCGUCGGGUAAACUUUACCCCUUGUUGUAAAGUUUACCGCGGAAGGUAAAGUUUACCCAUUGUAGUAAAGUUUACCACGUUGGGUAAAGUUUACCCAUUGUCGUAAAGUUAACCACGUUGGGUAAAGUUUACCCAUUGUAGUAAAGUUUACCAAGUUGGGUAAAGUUUACCCAUUGUUGUAAAGUUUACCACGUUGGGUAAAGUCUACCCAUUGUAGUAAAGUUUACCACUUUGGGUAAAGUUUACCCAUUGUGGUAAAGUUUACCACUUUGGGUAAAGUUUACCUAUUGUAGUAAAUUUUAUCACGUUGGGUAAAAUUUACCCAUUGUAGUAAAGUUUACCACUUUGGGUAAAGUUUACCCAUUGUAGUAAAGUUUACCACGUUGGGUAAAGUUUACCUAUUGUAGUAAAGUUUACCGCGUUGGGUAUAGUUUACCCAUUGUAGUAAAGUGUACCCGCGUUGGGUAAAGUUUACCUAUUGUAGUAACGUUUACCGAAUCGGGGUGAAGUUUACCCACCGCGGCGGGUAAAGUUCACCCAUUGUAGUAAACUUUACCAAGUUGGGUAAAGUUUACCCAUUGUAGUAAAGUUUACCACGUUGGGUAAAGUUUACCUAUUGUAGUAAAGUUUACCGCGUUGGGUAUAGUUUACCCAUUGUAGUAAAGUUUACCCGCGUUGGGUAAAGUUUACCCAUUGUAGUAAAGUUUACCACGUUGGGGUAAAGUUUACCCAUUGUAGUAAAGUUUACCCGCGUUGGGUAAAGUUUACCCAUUGUAGUAAAGUUUACCACGUCAGGUAAAGUUUACCCAUUGUAGUAAAGUUUACCGCGGAAGGUAAAGUUUACCCAUUGUAGUAAAGUUUACCACGUUGGGUAAAGUUUACCCAUUGUAGUAAAGUUUACUGAAUCGGGGUUAAGUUUACCCAUUGUAGUAAAGUUUACCACGUUGGGUAAAGGUUACCCAUGGUAGUAAAGUUUACCGCGGCGGGUAAAGUUCACCCAUUGUAGUAAACUUUACCAAGUUGGGUAAAGUUUACCCAUUGUAGUAAAGUUUACCACGUUGGGUAAAGUUUACCUAUUGUAGUAAAGUUUACCGCGUUGGGUAAAGUUUACCCAUUGUAGUAAAAGUUUACCGCGUUGGGUAAAGUUUACCCAUUGUAGUAAAAGUUUACCACGUUGGGUAAAGUUUACCCAUUGUAGCAAAGUUUACCACGUUGGGUAAAGUUUACCCAUUGUAGUAAAGUUUACCACGUCGGGUAAAGUUUACCCAUUGUAGUAAAGUUUACCACGUCGGGUAAAGUUUACCCAUUGUAGUAAACUUUACCGCGUCGGGUAAACUUUACCCCUUGUAGUAAAGUUUACCGCGGCGGUCCAAGUUUAUCCACUGUAGUAAACUUUACUGCGUCGGGUAAACUUUACCCCUUGUAGUAAAGUUUAUCGCGGCAGGUAAAGUUUACCCAUUGUAGUAAACUUUACCUGCCUCGUACCCAGACGUCUCCCUUCGAUGUGCGCGCAAAGGAAGGCGGGAAGGAGACAACGGGUGUACCCUUCCCAUGGUCCCUUGCGGUUUAUCACCAGUCACUCGCGUUUCGCGCUCGCCUCUGCCAUGCGAAAAACGAAGCGCCUGAUGAGGAGGCUGAAACUUUACCCUGUCGGGUAAACUUUAGCCCUUGUAGUAAAGUUUACCACGGCGGGUAAAGUUUACCUAUUGUAGAAACGUUUACCGAAUCGGGGUGAAGUUUACCCAUUGUAGUAAAGUUUACCACGUUGGGUAAAGUUUACCCGUUGUAGUAAAGUUUACUACGGCGGGUAAAGUUUACCAUUGUAGUAAACGUUACCGAAUCGGGAUAAAGUUUACCCAUUGUAGUAAAGUUUACCGUGGCGGGUCAAGUUUAUCCAUUGUAGUAAACUUUACCGCGUCGGGUAAACUUUACCCCUUGUUGUAAAGUUUACCGCGGAAGGUAAAGUUUACCCAUUGUAGUAAAGUUUACCACGUUGGGUAAAGUUUACCCAUUGUCGUAAAGUUAACCACGUUGGGUAAAGUUUACCCAUUGUAGUAAAGUUUACCAAGUUGGGUAAAGUUUACCCAUUGUUGUAAAGUUUACCACGUUGGGUAAAGUCUACCCAUUGUAAAAAGUUUACCACUUUGGGUAAAGUUUACCCAUUGUGGUAAAGUUUACCACUUUGGGUAAAGUUUACCUAUUGUAGUAAAUUUUAUCACGUUGGGUAAAAUUUACCCAUUGUAGUAAAGUUUACCACUUUGGGUAAAGUUUACCCAUUGUAGUAAAGUUUACCACGUUGGGUAAAGUUUACCUAUUGUAGUAAAGUUUACCGCGUUGGGUAUAGUUUACCCAUUGUAGUAAAGUGUACCCGCGUUGGGUAAAGUUUACCUAUUGUAGUAACGUUUACCGAAUCGGGGUGAAGUUUACCCACCGCGGCGGGUAAAGUUCACCAUUGUAGUAAACUUUACCAAGUUGGGUAAAGUUUACCCAUUGUAAUAAAGUUUACCACGUUGGGUAAAGUUUACCUAUUGUAGUAAAGUUUACCGCGUUGGGUAUAGUUUACCCAUUGUAGUAAAGUUUACCCGCGUUGGGUAAAGUUUACCCAUUGUAGUAAAGUUUACCACGUUGGGGUAAAGUUUACCCAUUGUAGUAAAGUUUACCCGCGUUGGGUAAAGUUUACCCAUUGUAGUAAAGUUUACCACGUCGGGUAAAGUUUACCCAUUGUAGUAAAGUUUACCGCGGAAGGUAAAGUUUACCCAUUGUAGUAAAGUUUACCACGUUGGGUAAAGUUUACCCAUUGUAGUAAAGUUUACUGAAUCGGGGUUAAGUUUACCCAUUGUAGUAAAGUUUACCACGUUGGGUAAAGGUUACCCAUGGUAGUAAAGUUUACCGCGGCGGGUAAAGUUCACCCAUUGUAGUAAACUUUACCAAGUUGGGUAAAGUUUACCCAUUGUAGUAAAGUUUACCACGUUGGGUAAAGUUUACCUAUUGUAGUAAAGUUUACCGCGUUGGGUAAAGUUUACCCAUUGUAGUAAAGUUUACCGCGUUGGGUAAAGUUUACCCAUUGUAGUAAAGUUUACCACGUUGGGUAAAGUUUACCCAUUGUAGCAGAGUUUACCACGUUGGGUAAAGUUUACCCAUUGUAGUAAAGUUUACCACGUCGGGUAAAGUUUACCCAUUGUAGUAAAGUUUACCACGUCGGGUAAAGUUUACCCAUUGUAGUAAACUUUACCGCGUCGGGUAAACUUUACCCCUUGUAGUAAAGUUUACCGCGGCGGUCCAAGUUUAUCCACUGUAGUAAACUUUACUGCGUCGGGUAAACUUUACCCCUUGUAGUAAAGUUUACCGCGGCAGGUAAAGUUUACCCAUUGUAGUAAACUUUACCUGCCUCGUACCCAGACGUCUCCCUUCGAUGUGCGCGCAAAGGAAGCCGGGAAGGAGACAACGGGUGUACCCUUCCCAUGGUCCCUUGCGGUGUAUCACCAGUCACUCGCGUUUCGCGCUCGCCUCUGCCAUGCGAAAAACGAAGCGCCUGAUGAGGAGGCUGAAACUUUACCCUGUCGGGUAAACUUUAGCCCUUGUAGUAAAGUUUACCACGGCGGGUAAAGUUUACCUAUUGUAGAAACGUUUACCGAAUCGGGGUGAAGUUUACCCAUUGUAGUAAAGUUUACCACGUUGGGUAAAGUUUACCCGUUGUAGUAAAGUUUACUACGGCGGGUAAAGUUUACCAUUGUAGUAAACGUUACCGAAUCGGGAUAAAGUUUACCCAUUGUAGUAAAGUUUACCGUGGCGGGUCAAGUUUAUCCAUUGUAGUAAACUUUACCGCGUCGGGUAAACUUUACCCCUUGUAGUAAAGUUUACCGCGGAAGGUAAAGUUUACCCAUUGUAGUAAAGUUUACCACGUUGGGUAAAGUUUACCCAUUGUCGUAAAGUUAACCACGUUGGGUAAAGUUUACCCAUUGUAGUAAAGUUUACCACGUUGGGUAAAGUUUACCCAUUGUAGUAAAGUUUACCACGUUGGGUAAAGUCUACCCAUUGUAGUAAAGUUUACCACUUUGGGUAAAGUUUACCCAUUGUGGUAAAGUUUACCACUUUGGGUAAAGUUUACCCAUUGUAGUAAAUUUUACCACGUUGGGUAAAAUUUACCCAUUGUAGUAAAGUUUACCACUUUGGGAAAAGUUUACCCAUUGUAGUAAAUUUUACGACGUUGAGUAAAAUUUACCCAUUCUAGUAAUGUUUACCACUUUGGGAAAAAGUUUACCCAUUGUAGUAAAGUUUACCGAAUCGGGGUAAAGUUUACCCAUUUUAGUAAAGUUUACCAGGGCGGGUAAAGUUUACCCAUCGUGGUAAUGUUCACCACGUCGGGUAAAGUUUACCCAUUGUAGUAGUGUUUCUUGCGUUGGGUAACUUAUGCCGUUUAACCUAGUUUACUCAUCGUCAAAGUCUACCCCUUUAGGUAAACUUUACCCAUUUGUUAAAUGUAACCCUCUCUGGUAAACUGUAUGCGUUGCACUAGAGAUUACUGCAUCCUGUAUGCUUUACCCUUUUUCGUAAAGUUUAAGGUCGCAAAGGUGCCAUGCAUGCUUUAGUUAAACGACAUGGUUGCAGGAUGUGUGAAGAGAAAAUAGAGUGGCAAAGUCAAUCAGCUGACAGUCAACUUGUUACCGUUUCCGGCGUUAACUUUCUGCCUUUUGAACUCUUAAAAUGGGUACGUGUCGGAAGUUACAGCUCCUUAAGAAAAGGUUAUGCUUUGGAUUAUUACAUGUGAUUGCUGCUUGUUGUCAUUUAUUUUUUGUCGUGUGAUCUUUUGUUUGUUUUUUAUCGUAUUUGAUCUCAUCCAGGUUCCUUUUCUUUCUAUUGGGGAAGAUCUUGGGAGUCGAGUAGUGUUACAUGAAGGAUAUUCCGAGCUAAGUGGUGAUUACGUUGUGGAGGAUGUCGAUGGUGAUGGCGGGCAGAAAUUCCGGAGACUUAUCUUUCUAAGUAACAAAAAUGUGGUACAGUCGGAGGCCAGACUCAUUUCAGGUUAGACAAACAUUUCUUAGUAUGCAUCGGAAUCGUUUUGAGGGAGAUAGGAAAACGUUUAAUAAUGCUAUGUUUAACUGGUUUUGAAUUAUAUUCUCGUUAGGUGCCCCUGAUUUGUCUUUCUCUUCGGCGAACAUUAGUAAUGCGGGCUGAAGGUUUCUUCACAAACGCAGCAAAGGAGACAUGCUCACUCGUCUAAAUUCCUUUUAGACCACCAUACCCUUGCGUGUCAACAACACAGACACAAAUUUGCUACGCGUACUCGCUAGAGGCCCCACGUUUAUUGAGUAAACUAAUACAACAACUACAAGUGUGCAGACAAUGAUAAAAGCCUACGAAACAAAAAAGAAAACUGAACGUCAGGAAGUACCAACGAGCAUCGACCUUGCUCGUUGUGACGGAAACUGAAGAAAAAUCCUGGCUUUGAAAAUAGAACCCUCCCUACCUGCCGGGCACGGUUAAUAAUAAAAUAUACUAAAAAUAAACCAUAAAUUAGAUUCCUAAAGACUUCGUGACUUAGGCAGAAUUAAAAUCGCCCUUAACGUAGCUAUCCAUAGUGUUCUCGCUCACCCAAUGCGGGCCAUGAUGUUAUUGUAACCCUCAUCAUAGCAAAUUUUCAUCUUUAUUUAAUACAGCUCUUGUGGUAAUUUUUACAAAUCCUUGUUAAUGGCGACGUAGUUCAUACUCCAACUUUGGAGGUAUUGACUUUGAAAAACCCCAUAGAGCCACCUUGCAUUGAUCAGAUGGUCCCAUAUACCUGCGCACAUAUGGUCCCAUACACUUGGGUACAUUAGGUCCCAUAUACCUGGGCACAGAUGGUCCAUAUACUUGGCACAGUUGGUCCAACACACUUGGGCGCAGAUGAUCCCAUACACCUGGACACAGAUGGUGCCAUAGGGAAUACAACACUUAGAUACUCGUAACAAAUCCCUAGAUAGUUUAUAACGACGAGGGCAUAUUUUUAAGCUAAUUUUCGAAAACGUGGAAAAGUCCGAUUAGUGGAACGACUUGCAUUAUGAAAGAAAAAAUAGAGUAGCAAAUGAAACUGUACAUGUUUCCGAUCUGUUCAUUGACGAUAAUCUGGUCUCAGUCCUAGAAAUCCGUUUCUGCUCACUAGCAUUGACAUUUGAACACUAAAUCGGUUGGCCCUUUAGUAAGUGCAGAAAUUAUGUAGGGGAGUAAGAUGAGUGGUUUUUUUUUAAAUAUUGUUUUUAUUUUUUAUUUAUAUUUAAUUAUUUUAUUAACGAACCUAAAAAACGCGUUCAAGGGCUGUACUGUGACGUAUAUGCCGUCUUAGUCCUAGUCAUCUUGCAUCGUACUUGUCCUUCUGCAGAAACGCUGGUAGCUGCAAAUUUAUUUCAUGGUUUACGGUGGUUUAGUAAUUAGCCUUUCAAAUUUAGUAGAAAUCUUAUGUGAGCUUUCUUCCACUUCAGAUAAAACCACUUCAAAGAAGAAGAGAGGAAAGCAGAUUAAACAGCCCGUUAGUAGUGUUGUUUCGGCCCAAGUGGAUCAUGGAUAUUUAGCAUGCCAGCAUCACAGAGUUGUUAUUACAGGCCUGGCUUGGAUUCAAGAAUUUUUCAACUCAGGUAAAGACAUAAAAGCCUUCUGCAAAAGACCCGUUUAAGAGUAAAACGAGUGAAAAACGACAGAACAAUCGCCCAUCGUAAUCAGACUGCAUUAGAUUGUUAGAAUUGCUCUCCUUUUCCAGAAGUCCUUUUUCAUCUAUUGCCUGUUGUGUCUCUUUCCGAUCUCGUGAUUUCUUUUGAUUUCGAAGGACCACACGACCUGAUUAGCCUUAAUGAUACAGUGCCUUUUUUAUUUAACUAACUCAUCACUUGUCCGUUUUCCCGAGUUAAGUGCCGAAUUCCUGUAGGCUGAUCAUUGGGUUACGUGAUUCUGCUUUGAAUGGCAAGAGUUAAAACCGUGGUUUUGGUUUUACGAUUAAAGAUUUAGUUUGGAUUUCACAACCAAGAUGAAGUUAGUUUAAUUACGAACAUUUGUUUUUCCCAGAUGAAACAAAGACAGGGUUAAUAGUCGGGCUUGGCGGAGGAGGACUGGCAAUGUUUCUUUAUCAGUUUUUCACAAAGGUGACUAGUUAUUCCUUCAAACUUUUAUUCUGUAAUCGAUAGAGAUUUCAGUAAAGUAUGCAGGUUAUUUUACAUUAUUACUAUGAUCACCACUUUAUAAAGCAGCAAUCCACGAUGUUGUGGUUACAGAUGUAUGCGUAGCUUCUACUUCCGGGGAAAAGAAAGGGCCUGGUUGGGGUGAUUUUAAAAUACUUUGACGUUUUUGCUAGUUUAGCCUACAUCCAUUGCAUUGUAUUGGUCACAUUUUCCUUGGCAAAAUUGUUAACAAAUUUAGCAGAAAAAUAUACUGGCUGCAGCGAAAAUGACUAGGAUAACAAACGUACAGGAAAUCAGAACGCAAUUGACAAGGGGGUCUGAUUAAAGGAAAUUAUCACAGUUAGCUAAACUGCAUAACAGGCGCCAUGAAUACUAUUAUGACUUGUGUGAACAAUUAACUGCAUCUGUUAGAACUGGGUUAGAAACUAGUUAACAAAGAACACAAUUAAAGUUGGCUGUUCUCGCAACGUUAUGGAUGCUGGAUAAUGACAAGUAGUUUCUUGAGCCUUGAUUCGUUCCAUUUAUGCACGUAGUUCAUGUUUGUAUACUUGACCUCUGGUGACGGUUUUUUACUUUAACUUUAGGAACAUGAAACGUUUUUAUGGGAGUUGCUCUUUUUUUGGUCAUUAAAAACGUUGAUUCUGUUUCACUUAGUCGUUGAUCAUUUGUCAAAUAACUGAUUAAAAAAAGACUAGCCGUCACUAACUUUCAUCUCUGUUGGGAGACAGAACAGUGGGCUGUGUUCGCGGCUUGAUCAGUUAACACGUGUUUGACAUCUUUUAUUCUGAUUUUUUUUUUGUCCUCUUCAUAGCUUUCCUUAGAAGUUGUUGAGCUGGAUCCUUGCGUGGCCGAAAUUGCCAAAAGGUGGUUUGAAUUCAAAGAGGAUGAACGAAUGAAAGUUGUGAUCGAGGACGGUCUGAAGUAUAUUCAGUCAAAAGGUUUGAUUUUAGUUCAUCUUUGCCACCUGACAAGGUUCGGGAUGGCCGUGAAAUGUUCACCUCUUCUGCUGCGGAUGUAGUACCAAACAAUUUGAAUCGGCAUCUUGUUCAUUAUGAUUGAUAAAACCAGCUUUCAUUUCACGCUUUUCGCUGCUGCAGCAGCCCAGAUUCUUCCGAAAUAAAACCCUUGGGUAUUUCGUUUAGUUGGAACACGGUAAAGAAAGUUUCAUUGAGAAAUGAGAAGAAGGGGAGGAGAACUGGUGGAAAGUCGAGAUGUCUCGCUCAUUUUCGUUGCUCCGCCGAUCGCGAUUGAGGUCUUCUUCACAGCAUCCCAAAGCCAACCCUCAACUGCGUAUGCUACCUUUACCUCUGCCUUACUCCCGGUCGACAUAGAUUAUUUUUCGUAUUUAUUUUUUGUUCGUAUUUCGCCUAAUAUAAUAAACUGGCAUGCAUUCGAGGCUGUUGCGGGUUCAUCUAUUCACGUGCGAUUCCCUUGCGAGCAUUUUUAACAAAAUUUCGAAACGUUGGCCUCGACUUCAAGCCACAUGGCUCAUUAUGAUUGGUUUUCUUAAAUUUGAAUUGUACGGAUUAUCUGUUUAUCUCUGUCGUUCCAUUCGUCCCGAAACUUGUGAGCGUGCUUCAGCAGCCACGGCCAAAGCAAGUUGGCGAGGGGAUUGAAACCAGAGAAGCCAAAAAGGCGCUAUGAAUGGUCGUGGCUCAUGUCAAUAGCAACAACCUGUUUGGAUAUCAUGAAAAUUAAAGGUUCUGCACUUAGAACAAUAUACCCAAGUAAUGUUGAUGAAGAGACCUUUCCCGCAUUCCACUCCAGUGAGCCAGCAUAAAGAAAUGAGGUCGAGGCUCGGGUGGACAAUUUCAUACAAAUCACUCUAUUUUGUCCACCCAAGCCUCGACUUGAUACCAUUGUUUACUGGAAUGCGGGAAAGGUCUAUAACGUUCUUAUGGGGGAUUUAUUGGCCUUUCUUUCUCAUUUGUAUUUUAUGUUUUCAGAAAUUUAUCCGAGCUACGAUGUCAUCAUAUUCGACGUGGAUUCUAAAGACAACAGCGUAGGAAUGAGUUGCCCUCCUCAAGCAUUUGUUGACAAAGCAUUUCUCACUCGAGUUCAUUCUCUCCUUACUCCAACAGGUACGACAAAACAGUAACCUGCUGAAGAAAGCGUACUGAGACCAUGUUUAUAUGGAGAAAAGUUGUCACGCGAAAGAGGGUCACCCUCCCAGUCGGGUCAACUUUAGCGAGCCUUGACCCCUUUGCCUGAGCCAAGAGCUGUUAACAGCGCUCUCCCAUGCUCCGAUUCUGUCGCCUCGACCGAAUUGACCCCGCUGGGAGAGCCAAAGUGUUUAUAUGGAGGAAAUCUGGCCCGGCUAAAAGGGUGACCUGGCUAGGCGGGUCACCAUUCUAGCCGAGGUAACGUCUUCGUUUUGUUUCUCGUGAAAACGGUUCGGGUAGGCGGGUGACCCUUCCACCCGGGACAAGUUUUCUCCAUAUUAACGGGGCUUAAGUUACACGCUUGGACACAGUACACUUAGCUUACUUAAUGUUUAUUUUGUGUUUAAUUUUCGAGAUAACGCCAACGGUUCGCUUUUAUUUCAGGCGUAUUUCUUCUCAACCUUGUUUGCCGCAAUACUUCUCUUAGAGGCGAAGUUCUCAGCGACCUUCACAGUGUAUUCCCCGAACUUUACAGCAUCCACAUUGAAGGAGAAGUGAAUGAAAUAGUGAUUGCUCUACCACAGCCGAGAUACCAGCCUGAUAAAUCAAACCACGGGUCUUGGGAAACAUUGAAGAUUGUAUUUCGAAACUUAGUGGAUGAACUACAAAAACUUGCUAAGAAACAGGACCAUCCAUGGGAUCCCUCCUUGGACUUGUGUGAACUUGUUGAAAACAUUAAAAUUGUAUAG